CGCCACUCGCGGCCCACCCCGGUCAGUUCCAACACCAACCAUACAUAGCUAGCAGUGCGCAUAGAUACCCAUCGUCUGCACAACCGGGUACCUACCACCACUCUCACUACUACCCCAACACCGUCUCCCCUCCCGAGGUGUUCACUACGCCUGCUCAGUCCUACGCCCACGCAUAUAGUGGCGGAUACGCACCGCCUCCGCCCCCCUUCCACCACGCCACUGAUAUGUCUACUCAACAGUACUCAGUCAACCCAUAUGCAACUACUGGUUCCCUUUACGGUCAUGGUGGCCACGGCGGUGGAGGCUCCGGUGGUUACACACCAAUCUAUACGGACGAUGCUUCGACAAAAUUGAGCGACCGUGUCAGACGCCGCUGUUUCAACUGCUGUACUACAGACACUUCGACGUGGCGUCGAUCAAGCCUCAACCCGGGCAAAGUGCUCUGCAAUAAAUGCGGUCUCUUCGAACGGACCCACUCCCGACCAAGGCCGGAUCAAUUCCCGCAUAAGCGCGCCCCUCUG